AGUCUUCAUUUUUUCUGCACAUCAACUUGUUUAGUGGCAAAAUGGGGGCUACUAUUACAAAGCUGUACAACCGUAUCAUGUCCAAGCAGGACGUGAGGAUCCUCAUGGUGGGCCUUGACGCUUCCGGCAAGACCACGAUCCUCUACAAGCUGAAACUCGGCGAGGUAGUAACUACGAUUCCAACCAUUGGAUUUAACGUGGAAACGGUGGAGUACAAGAACAUCUCUUUCACUGUGUGGGAUGUCGGAGGCCAGGACAAGAUUCGCCCCUUGUGGAAACACUACUACACAAACACCCAAGCAGUCAUCUUCGUGGUUGACAGCAAUGACCGUGCCCGUAUUAAAGAUGCCCGCGAAGAAUUGCACAAAAUGAUGAACGAAGAUGAAUUGCGUGAUGCAUUCCUACUGAUCUACGCUAACAAGCAAGAUUUGCCUAACGCUAUACCCGCAACCGAACUCUCCAAUGAGCUAGGUCUUAACCAAUUCGGAAACCGCACUUGGUAUAUCCAGGCCGCUUGUGCCACACAGGGAACAGGUCUCUACGAGGGUAUGGACUGGUUGACAAACGCCCUCAAGCACAAGUAGAUUGUUGUAGACACUGC